AUAAAGGUUCUCUGCCUCCACGGUAUGGGCACAAGCGCCGAGAUCUUCAGAGCCCAGACUGCCGCUUUCCGCGCUCGACUGCCCCCGAACUUCACCUUCACCUUCCUCGACGGACCCUUCCCCUGCCCGCCCGCACCAGGCACCGACCGGCUCUUCAACUCGGACGGAUUCUACGGCUGGUGGACACAGCCGACGGUCGACGCCAUCCGGGGCGCCCACCUGCGGCUGACCGACUACAUCGAGGAGCACGGGGCCGUCGACAUCGUGAUGGGGUUCUCGCAGGGGUGCUCGCUGAUUAGCAGCUUCCUGCUGUACCACGCCCGCGAAACCCCCGAGCAACCGCUGCCCUUCCAGGCGGCUGUGUUUGUGUGCGGCGGCGUGCCGCUGCCCGUGCUGGAGGACCUGGGCGUGGACGUGCCGCAGCGGGCGAAGGACAUCAACGACCUGACGUCGCGCAUGAUGAAGGACAAGGCCGGGCAGCUGGUGGAGCUGGCCGAGAACCUGAACCUGAUCAAGCCUGGCGUCGGCCUGUGGGACGAUACGGCGGGACUGCUGCACAAGCCCGACGAGCUGCCGGACGAGAAGGACGUCUUUGGGCUCGACUUCACUGCCAUGCCUAAGGACGUGCGCAUCACGAUCCCGACGGUGCAUGUCUACGGCGCCAAGGACCCCCGGUGGCCGGCGAGCCUGCAGCUAGCGUAUCUCUGCGACAAUCGGAAGCUGUAUGACCAUGGCGGAGGACAUGACAUUCCCAGGUCGACCGAGGUGUCGAACAAGAUGGUCGAACUGCUUGUGCAGCUGAGCAAGGACAUACGGGCA